CACCACAUCCUACUUUUACCACCUAUCACUAACAACUAUACCCAUCCUACAACACAUCUCAUAUAUACACACACAUAACAACAUGUCUGAAGAACAAUUAGAAGUGGUAGAUAUCACCUCUCUUAAUGCGAUUGCUGCAGGUACUAAUAAGAAGGUCCCAAGAAUUGUGGCUGCUGGUUUAGGUGGUAAAUUAAUGGGUACCGCCGAUAUGGUCAAGGUCACUGCUGAAGAAAUUACCAAGGAUUCCAUGGAAUCCCUUGCAGAAAAGGAUGCCCGUGAAAAGGCCAAGUACGCUAACAAGAAGCAUAUUUCUGAACAACCAGUGACAUUAUCCAACUUCCACCAACAUGUCAAUUGGUUAAACUUUAUUCUUGUUGUUGCCAUUCCCGCCUUUGGUGUUUAUCACAGUAUAUUCCACCCUCCUCAAAUUAAGACCCUUGCAUUGGCAUUUGUAUUAUAUGUCUUCUCCGGUGUUUCCAUCACUGCCGGUUACCACAGAUUAUACUCACACAAGUCCUAUGAUGCUGCUUUACCUGUAAGACUCUUUUUCGCCUUUUUUGGUGCUGGUGCCAUUGAAGGUUCUAUUAAAUGGUGGGGUCACUCUCACAGAAUUCACCACAGAUAUACUGAUACUUCCAGAGAUCCAUAUGAUGCCAGAAGAGGUUUCUGGUUUUCUCACAUGGGAUGGAUGUUGUCUAAGCCAAACCCAAAGAACAGAGCCAGAGCUGAUAUUUCUGAUUUUGCUGCUGAUUGGGUUGUUACUUUCCAACACAGACACUAUUUAUUGAUUAUGAUUCUUGCCUCUUUUAUUACUCCUGUUCUUGUUGCUGGUUUAGGUUGGGGUGACUACUGGGGAGGUUUCAUUUAUGCAGGUAUCUUGAAGUGUUUCUUUAUUCAACAAGCUACUUUCUGUGUCAACUCCUUGGCCCAUUGGAUUGGUGUUCAACCAUUUGACGACAGAAGAACCCCUCGUGAUCAUGUUUUAACUGCCUUUGUUACCUUUGGUGAAGGUUACCACAACUUCCAUCAUGAAUUUCCAUCUGAUUACAGAAAUGCCAUUAAGUGGUACCAAUAUGAUCCAACCAAGAUUGUUAUUUGGGGUUUAUCUAAGCUUGGUUUAGCUUGGAAUUUGAAGACUUUCUCUCAAAAUGCCAUUGAACAAGGUUUAUUACAACAACAACAAAAGAAGUUGGAUAGAAUGAAGUCCAAGUUGAACUGGGGUACUCCAGUUGAAGAAUUGCCAGUUUGGACCAGACAUGAAUUUAAUGAACGUGCCAAGAAGGAAGGUUUGAUCAUUAUUUCUGGUAUUAUUCACAAUGUCAAGGCAUUCAUCAAGGAACAUCCAGGUGGACAAGCUUUGGUUAGAGCUUCCUUGGGUAAGGACGCCACCAAAGCCUUCAAUGGUGCUGUCUACGCUCACUCCAACGCUGCUCACAACUUGUUGGCUACCAUGAGAGUAGCUGUUGUUAAAGACGGGGAUAUUAUAGCCGAUACAUUUGAAUUACAAGAACAAAUGAUGGCCAAGGAAAAGCAGAAUUAAACGGAAUGAGAUUUCUCUCUAGUUGUUUUGUUGUAUAUUUUUAUAUAGUGGAUCGAAGUUUUCGAUUUUGUUUUAUUAGAUUAUUAUGCAUAGCGAAUGGAUAAAAUGAAAAUCAACUUGAGUGAACCGUGUAAAGCCGUUAAAUUUCAGGAACUGGAGGCGUAUAUGCCAUGUAUGGUUUCUUAUCUGAAAAAUUCUUGGUAGAUCAAUUUACGUCGGGGACGUUUCCGUGAGAACCCCAACUGAAUCAACAUUCAAACGAGUGGAAAAAUCAGGCGAGAUUGGGACAUCAACGUAUGAUCUAGAGCGAUAUUAUUGUUUGUUACAGCCAACUCCGGUAAAUUCCUUGAAGGUUUGCAAAAAAUCGUUCGAUUUUUACGCGGUAGUGG